AUGUCAGACGAGGAAGGCACUUCAAGCUCAACCACAACCAACGCCUCCGAGUUAAAGCUACCUCAUUUCUGGCCCAAAAAUCCCAGGGUGUGGUUCAGCCAAGUCGAGGCCCGCUUCCAGCUUCGACGCAUCACAUCGCAGGAGUCGAAAUACCUCCACGUCGUUGCAGCACUGCCACCUGACAUCGCUGACGCCGUAGACGAUGUGCUCGCCUCCACUCCAUCGGAGAAGGCCUACGACGAACUAAAAAGCAUCGUCCUGAAACGCCUUGAGCUACUCCACCGAAUGCGUCAGCUGCUGGGACAACAGGCGUCAGAGGAGCGUCAACAGCCAUUGCUUCGCGAGUUGUUUUUGCAGAGACUGCCACAGUCAACACGGAUAAUACUCGCUGGCUCGGACGACGUGACUCUCGAGUGUCUGGCUCAACUCGCCGACCGCAUCACCGACUGCACCGAGCCAUGA